AACAAUGUGCCUUAUCAGUCAGUGCGCUUUUGGCUGCCCUAGCAACGCGUGCCAUAGUAACGCCAGCGAUACCAACACACGAAGUGGGCCCGCCGAAUUUGCGGGCUAGAAAAUUCCUGCAUCUUGGUCGGCAGUCUGUUGUUUACGCCAGGUGACUCCAGUUCGACAGCUGUUGGCAGCGGCACCCACGCAAUAUGUCUCAGGCACGGAUAACCACCGCCUUUGGAGCACGGCCGUCGCACGAUUUGCAUACAAACUCCAUAUCGCUGAAACAACGUUCCAAAUCCGCAAAUCCACCGCAAUUACGGCCAUUUAGCGGUAUACAGGGUUCGCGACCCCGUUAUGUGCCGCCAUUUUCCAUACAAUCGCAGCAAAAAAACACGGUCGUCAUUAACGGCCCCAUUCACGAGCCACCCGUAACGGCAAGCGCGCGCGGCAGAGCGCCGAAUCCCAAAUGUUUGAAGAAACAACAGAAGUCGAUUUCGUCAAGCAAUUUGGGCGCCAGUCUUCACGCCUGCACGGCGGUUAAGAAUCCGGGGCGUGGCACUUUGUUUCGCAUGUAUUUCGAUCGCGGAGACUUGCCCAUUAAAAUGGAAUAUCUAUGCGGUGGCGAUAAGAUUGGCUGGACGGUGGACAUUGACAAGCUGGACUACAGCCUCUAUUUGCCGCUGUUCUUUGAUGGCCUGGCGGAGCCAAAACAUCCCUAUAAGACCUAUGCACGCCAGGGCGUUAGCGACUUGCUGCUCGCCGGCGGCGACAAAAUCCAUCCCGUGGUACCGCAAUUAAUUCUACCCUUAAAGAACGCAUUGAGCACCAGAAAUGUGGAGGUGAUGUGCACGACAUUGAAAAUUAUACAACAGCUGGUCAUGGCCUCGGAUAUGGUGGGACCCGCACUGGUGCCCUUCUACAGGCAACUGUUGCCCAUGUUCAAUGCGUUCAAAGUGAAAAACUUAAACUGCGGCGAUGAAAUUGACUAUGCGCAAAAGAACAAUUUGAAUCUGGGCGAUUUGAUUGAUGAGACGCUGCAGGUGCUGGAGCUGCAUGGCGGCGAGGAUGCCUUCAUCAAUAUCAAGUACAUGGUGCCGACCUACGAGUCCUGCUAUUUAAAUUGAAGCUGAAGCUAUGGAUGCCUGGCAGCUGGUUCAAUUAGCCAUGGUCUAUAUAUAUCUGCCCAGUCCCAAAGAAAGCGCUUACAUAUUUGAUGCUUCAUAUAUGUUUAUAUAUAUAUAUAUAUAACAUAUCACGAGUAUUUAUUGAAUUUUACAUAGAUGCGAAUGAUUAAAUUUGUUAUUUUAAAUUUUUGUGUUUUAAAAUUUGUAUAUAGUUGAGUAUAUAUGUGGAGGGUAUAUAUAUAUAUAUAUGUGUAUAUCUCUAUAUAGAUCAUGAGUGUGCAGCAAGCACAAAGGCCAAU